CGACUGUGCUAGCACGUGUUGGUUGUAGUUCCACGUUUAUUUUCAUAUAGCUUUUCUAUAAUUAUUUGAAAUAUAAGUGGUAACAAUAAUGGCUACAAAUGAGCAAUUAAUAUCCGCACUCGUGCUAGAGUAUUUAAAGAAAAGAGAUAAGAAUUUAGCUAAAGUGUUUCAACAGAAAACAAAUGCGGGUACCGUCGGUAAAGGUUUUCCAAAGUUGGAGCAAAUUAUUGAAAGCUAUCAAAAAAGUAACAAGAAGAAGGUGCCCGUUAUCAAAUCGAUUGCAGGCGACUCGAGUGAUGAGGACAGUUCUUCAGAAGAAGAAACAGCAGCACCACAGACUAAAAAACCUAACGUUGCUUUAACCAAUGGUAAGGCUGUUGCAUCGAAAGGUAACGCGAAAGAAUCCAGCUCCGAUGAUAGUAGUUCCGAAGAAGAAGCUGCUGCAGUAGUUAAAAAACCAGAAUCCAAAGCAAAGAAGGAUGAAUCUUCAAGUGAAGACAGUUCUGACGACGACGAGAAACCCGCGGUAAAAAAUAAUGUAAGCAAACCGGUAACACAACAGACGAAAGAGAGUUCUUCUAGUGAAGAUAGUUCUGAUGACGAACCACAAGUCAAAGCACCUGUCAAACCUGUUGCCACAAAUAAAGUGCAACAGAAACAAAAGCAAGAGUCAAGCAGUGAAGAAUCUGAUAGUGAAGAAGAAACUAAACCAACAAAAACACCAUUAGUUAAAAAUGUUGCAAAGAAAGAUGACACUGAAGACAGUUCGGAUGAGAGUGAUAGUGAAGAAGAAAAGGCUAAACCCGCACAGAAGCCGGUAAGUGCCAAAGCUGUUGUCAUAAAGAAAAAAGAUGACUCUGACAGCUCCUCCGAAGAAAGUGAAGAAGAUGAAAAACCCACCAAGGUUGUCCCUGCUAAAGCCAAGGCAGGUGUUAAAGCAGCAAGMUCUUCCGAUUCAGAUUCGGACAGUGAAGACGAAAAACCUAAAGUUGUCGCUGCAAAAAAAACCGUAGUUAAAGCUGCUGCGGUUACAAAGAAAGCUGACUCAUCUAGUGAGGACGGCUCCGACGAAGAUUCCAAGUCAGCUGCUAAAAAGAUAGUAGCAAAGAAGGAAUCCAGUUCAGAAGACAGCUCCAGUGAUGAAGAAACUCCCGCUGUUUUACCGGCUGUAAAAAAGAAUGUUGUCCCGACCAAAACUAAAAAGGAUUCAAGUAGUUCUGAAGACAGUUCAUCCGAUGAUGAAGAGCCUCCAGCGAAGAAAGCAGCACCUUCAAAAGCUGCAAAAGCUGCUGUACCAACUAAAAAGAAAGAUUCUAGCUCUGACGAUUCAUCCUCUGAUGAUGAACCACCAAAAAAAAAACAAGCUGUAGGGACUGUUAAGGCUGUCGCUGUAAGCAAGAAAGCUGAAUCAUCCAGUGACGACAGUGAUUCUGAUGACAGCGAAGAUGAGAAAGCGAAGGCUAAGCCAAAAGUUUUAGCACCAGCAAAGGCACAAAAGAAAGAGGAAAGCAGCUCUGAUGAUGACGAUGACGACGAGGACGAUAACGAAGAAGAGAAGCCCAAACCAAAAGUUGGAGAAAAGCGAAAAUUUGAUGAUUCUGCUGCAGGAAAAAAUCAGUCUAACAAUAAAUAUAAUAAUUUCGUUAAAAGCGGCGAAGGCAAGAGUGAAGGUGGAGACUUUAAUAAUAGAAGAGGCGGCAGCGGCGGUGGCUUUGGUGGUCGCGGAGGCGGCAGAGGAGGUAGAGGUGGUGGUGCCGGCGGUGACGGAAAUGGCGGCUUCCAAAAGUUUGGAGAUAGAAAAUCAUUUGGUGGCUUUGAAAACGGCGGUGGCGGACGUGGACGUGGUGGUCGAGGCGGCGGUGGUGAUCGUGGUCGCGGUGGAUUCGGAGGUGGUGACCGUGGUCGCGGUGGAUUUGGUGGCGGCGAUCGUGGUCGUGGUGGAUUUGGUGGCGGUGACCGCGGUCGUGGUGGCUUUGGUGGCGGUGAUCGCGGUCGUGGUGGUUUUGGUGGACGUGGCCGUGGAUUUGGGCGUGGAAACUUCGGUGGAGCGAAUAAACCCUUUAAUAAAUCAUUCGAUUCAUCAGGGUCUAACAAAAAGAUCACCUUUGAUGAUUAAACUAUGAUAACGAGUGCAAAAUAUUUUAGAAACACACAACAUAACAAUUUCGUUUACAUUUCACCGACUAUUUUAAAUACGCUUGUGUUAUAUGUGUGUGUACUGAUGAUUACGAAAAUCUUAAUUUUAUUGCUUUACAGCGAAAUGCAUCCGGUUCGUGGGGUGAACGGGCGAACAAAGAUUUGAAA